GUACUAGUUCACAUUUGUUGGAUAAAGAACUUGGUUAUAAGUACACUAUUGAAUACAAGAUUAAUAAAAAUCUAUGCUUUUGUCAUAGAAAAAUAUGACUUAUAAACCAAAUAAAGAAUCCUAUAUAAACCUCAGUGAGGAUUGAAAGUUUAUCCUCGAUAGAAUUGUUAUGGCUCUCAAAAAGAUCACAUGGAAAUCCCUCCUCCCUAUCUGUUUAAAGUCCCAGAAGAAUCCCAAGGACCCCGACAAAUCCAAUGUAUCGAAACAAAACUCUCUGCUGAGGCUGUCGCUAUCCGACCUCAGUAAUCGGAGCUCGCCGCUUUCGAUGAGUGACCUGUCGAUUUCCUUGGUGAACCUCCACAUUUUCACACUCACGGAGUUGAAAGAGAUCACUCACGGCUUCUCGAAGAGCUAUUAUCUCGGAGAAGGGGGGUUUGGAACCGUGUACAAGGGGUUCGUCAAAGAGAAGCUGAGGCCGGCUCUGAAGGCUCAGGUCGUGGCCGUCAAGAUGCUCGACUUGGAUGGUACACAAGGUCAUCGGGAAUGGCUGGCCGAAGUGAUCUUUCUCGGACAGCUGAGGCACCGGCAUUUGGUCAAUCUGAUCGGAUAUUGUUGCGAGGACGAACAUAGGCUUCUCGUGUACGAGUACAUGGAAAAUGGCAACUUAGACGAACAACUAUUCAAAAAAUAUUCUUCAGUCUUGCCUUGGCUUACAAGAAUGAAAAUCGCAAUCGGAGCGGCAAGAGGCCUCGCUUUCCUCCAUGAAGAAGAGAAGCCGGUGAUCUAUAGAGAUUUCAAAGCCUCAAAUGUCUUAUUAGACUCGGACAAUAAUGCCAAGCUCUCGGACUUUGGGCUGGCGACGGACGGUCCAGAAGGAGAUGAAACGCACGUCACAACACGGGUCAUGGGCACAAAAGGCUACGCCGCCCCGGAGUACAUAUCUACUGGCCACCUGACCACCAUGAGCGAUGUGUACAGUUUUGGAGUGGUGCUCCUUGAGCUACUGACGGGCCGGAGAUCAGUUGACAAGACCCGACCAAGCAGGGAGCAGGACCUAGUGGAGUGGGCACGACCAAUGCUCAAGGACGCCCACAAGUUGGAGAGGAUCCUGGACCCGAGACUGGAGGGUCGAUACUCGACCGAGGGGGCAAGGAGGGCAGCCUUGCUAGCUUACCAUUGCUUGAGCAUCAAUCCCAAGUCCAGGCCCCCCAUGGCAAAUGUGUUGAAGACCUUGGAAGCAAUUUUGGACUUUGAUGAUGUUCCCGUUGGACCAUUUGUCUACAUUGUUCCUUCGGAAGGUAAUGCCAAUGACUUGGAAAAAUGUGGGAAAGGGAAUGAACUGAAAAACAAUGAUUAUGGUGAAGGCAAUGAAGAAGGUGAGGUGAAGAAGCCGGAAAAACGAGUCAAGGGUCAUCACCGUCGACGAAAAGGUCAUAGGCACAGGCACAAGCUCAGGUCGUCGCGGUCCCGAGCCGUCUUCUCAGACAGUGCCCUGUACUCGACUCUCGGGUCAAGUCUCUACUCUCCAUGGAAGUUCGAUAAGCUGGGCGAAGAAAAAUAGUUCAGAAGAGCUUAACUUAAUCCAAGUCAAACGAACCAUAAUAAUAGGGAUUGUUUUACUUUUAUCUUAUUUUUAUUGUGCUCUUUCUAUUAUAUAUAUAUAUAUAUAUAUAUUUUUUUUUUUUUUUUGUUUAGUGUAAUCGAUAGUUGUGGAAUUUGGCUUUGUAGCUAUGACUUCUUGUUAGUUGUUAUUCCACUAGUGAAAGGAAGGAAAAGGAAACAGUUAUAGGGUGCAUGAGCUUUGGAUAGU